AUGUCGUCAGCAAUCACCCAAACAUCAAACACACCGAGAUCUCUCCACGACCGCCUGUCAUCCAAGCGCGGGGAGUCCCUCCUGGGCACGAAAUGCAGCGUAGACGGCUGCCAGUACGUGGUCAACGAGGAGACGGCCAUUCUCAACAAGUACAAGCAGGAGAUCCACGACCUCGGCGGCAAGAACCUGUACCCCAACAGGAUGAUCCCGGUCUCGAUGCGGUGCUGCAAGUGGUGGUGCCGCAACAAGACCACCUACGGCCACAGCGAAUACAACUCCAACUUCUCCGGGCUGGGAAACCACACUUGCGUCCACGCCUACGUCUACCAAGACGCUAUCCAUGAGCGGAACAUCGAGAGUCGGCUGCCCGGCUGCACCUGUGUCAUGCUCAAUGAAUUUGGUGAGGCCGUCGAGACGUGGGAGCCGCAAUCCCGCAGGGGCGUGCCGUGCCCCGGUAGGCCGUUGGAUCUUGAUAUCAAGUAUCAUGAAAGGAGGAUGCAAAAAGAUGGGGAGAAGGAGCCGAGCAGCGAGUCCUCGGGGAAGUGA